AUGGGAUAUAGAUUCCAUCCCACUGAAGAAGAAAUCAUCCAUCAUUUUCUCGAAGCAAAGAUGAGGGACGGCACCGAUUUCUCUGCAGUAAUUAAGGAAGUCGAAUUUUGCAAUUUUGAACCUUGGCAAUUGCCCGACCAUUCACCACUACCCUCAGACGAUCAAGAGUGGUACUUUUUCAGUAAAAUCGCUUAUAAGCAUUCCAAGAGUAGAAGUAAAAAAAUUGAAAGAACAACUAGGGAAGGAUUUUGGAAAGUUUCUGGUAAAGAUCGUGAAAUCCACGAUGAAAACAGUGGGCAACUGAUUGGGCUUUCAGCGCUGUUAGAUGAUAAAGAGUGGUACUUUUUCAGUAAACCUUGCAAGAAUGGAAACGGUAAAGGGAUAAAAAGAACGACACAGGCUGGUUACUGGAAAGUGACAUGUAGUGAUCGUUGUGUUUGGGACGACAGCGAAGAGAAUGAGAUAGGGAAGAAAACGACCUUGGUUUUCUACAUAGGCCGCGGUUCUAAAGCGGUGAAGACCAACUGGAUGAUACACGAAUACCAUUCCUACAACGCCUCUUCUUAUCAGAAUGCAUUUGUUUUCUGUCGCCUUACAGGACAAUUAGACGAUGAUGGGUCAAAUAGCCACAGUUGA